UUGAAAAUUACACUGAGCACCGUCUUAUCUCAGCCGACGGAUUUUUUUUGGUAAUUUUUACCAAUGAACACCAGGCUUGUUUCUCAGGCUAUUCGCUUUGUCAGUCAAAGGGCAUUCACACGUGGCUUCCGGACUGGUCAAGCAGCAGUUAUGGCGCCGAUCAAGGUAGGAGACCAAAUUCCAAAUGUCGAUCUUUAUUCUGGAAAUCCUGGCAAUAAAGUGAAUACAUUAGAUGCUUUUGGCAAAGGCAAACAUGUGAUAGUAGCAGUGGUUGGUGCUUUCACCCCAACCUGCCAGGUGGAUCACAUGCCAACAUUCAUAGCUGAUGCUGAUAAGAUAAAAGCUAAAGGUGUAGACUCAAUAAACUGUAUAUCUGUAAAUGAUCCUUUUGUGAUGGAGGCAUUCGGAGAGGCUCUUGGUGCUAAAGACAAGGUGAAAUUUCUGGCCGAUACAACAGCAGAAUUUACAAAGGCUGUAGAUCUUGCCUUUGAUUUGACAGGCCCACUUGGAAAUGUCAGAAGUCACAGAUAUGCAAUGGUUGUGGAAGAUGGUAAAGUGAAGGCUUUAAAUGUAGAAAGUGACAGCACGAAAGCUGCGUGCAGCAAGAGUUCUGAUGUCCUUAGUUUGUUGUAGAUCUAUCCUACCAACCUAUCUUAAUCUCUCCUAGAAAACAAUGAUAUUAUCUUUCUGUGUAUUUUAAUUCCGGUUGUUAUGUUUUCAAGUGCUAAAUAUUAUAUUCAUUCGACCAAAGUUUCAUACAUUUUUAAAGAAUAAGCACUACUGCAAUUAAUCAUCCUUUCUCAUUUAUGCUGUAAAAGAUAAAAUUUCAUGUUUGUUAAAAGUAUUCUGUUAUUAAAAACAUAUCUAACAAUAUUUAAGAAAAUUCAGUGUUUUGACAGAUAUUUAUAGAAUAAUUCUGUCAAACAAGAAGUCUAAAUGUUAUAUAGGUGAUACUUUAAGUAUGAUGUUACUGGUGAUAUUUUGUCAAAGUUUUAUCACAUGGUGAUAAACCGUUAAGACAGUGGAGAUUUUUUUUCUUAGUGAUAUAGAUUAUUUUAUAAGGCAGUAUUUAAUCGGAAUAGUGUAUAUUACAAAGUGACUAACACAUAUUUUUGCUUCAUUAUUAUUUAAUUCAUAUUAAAAUUACUUAGCUACUUUCCAGACGGCUUUAAUAACAGUUGUAAAAUUAAAGCCUUGCUUUUCAUCAAAUUUCAUUUUGAGAGUCCAGUUUUUGUACGAGUCAAAGAGUGUCAGUGUUAAAACUGUUGUCAUACUAAAUAAAGAUUUGUUGUGAAAAAUGACAUGCAUUUAAGUGAAGAUCUAGUCAGAAGUAAAAAUAAACUUUAUGAAUUAUAAAAAUGAACAUUACUAUUUUAAAGUGUGAUAAUAUUGGAAUACCCUCAACUAGAUGGUCAUUUAUGUAACCGUGUACUGAUUGUGUACGUAAAAUCAGUCAUUUAAGAAUAGAAUCUCUCUGUAAACCUGAAGCAUUAAAGAAUAUUGGAGUAAUCUUAUUUAAUCAUGUUAUUUGCUUAGGAGUUAUCUUUGAUUCAUGUUUUGCAUGCAAUUUUACAUCUCGUUUAUUGUUUAAGGUAUUAACUUAACUUUUCAUUUUCUGGUGAGUCUAAGCCAUGAUUGUGUGGUGAUUGAUUUUUGAUUGUUAUAUUUUAAAGUUAAUGGUGAUUUAUUUGUUAGUGUGUUUCUUUGACGUGUAUUUUUUAUGAAUUUAUAGAUUAUUAUUGCUAGUUUUGUUUUAUAUUUUAGAUAUUGGGCAUUUUGUGUCAUUUGAUAAUGUGAUCAACUAAAAUUAAUUUGAGCUACCUGUAAAAUGGUAAAGAUAAUAAAUCUAAAGAAGAACAGGGUUAUUAUUUAUAAUUUUUUAUUUCUUUAUUUUAAUAUUUUUGUCAAAAAUUUCUUCUUUUCUGUAUAAGACAUGAAAUUUGUUUCUUGUUUCUGUAUAGAGUUUGGUAAGUUUUUAUAGUGGUAUAGUAUAUAAUGGGAUAAUUUAUUGGUUUUUUUUUUCAAACGAAUUGAGUGAAAUUUUGUUGAGAAAUAUGGUGUGAUAAUUGGUUGUUGUUUUAAUAUUUUGAUAAUAAUCAUCAAGUCUUUGUGUAAUAUGUUGUAUACGGCUUCUAGAACUAUGCAAGUUUAUUAUAUUUCAGCUGCAUCAAAAUUACCAUUUAUUUGCUUUUUCUAUCGCUUCAAUCAUCAUAUAAAUGUACAUUUUAUACCCUAGCACUUUUUAGUUGUAUUAGAUACUCGAAGCCCUACCUUGCUACUAGCAAAUAGUUUACCCGUCAGACCAAUUAAUCUAUACAUGUCGUAUAUUUAACUUGGACCAACAAACAUAUAUUUUUGUAGGACUUUAGAAUACUAGAUAAAAUAUUAAUGCAUAUACACCAUCUGUUUUUCUGGGUGUUUUAGUUAUGUGAAUGUUUUAGCUAUCUGGAUCCUGUUACAAUAAUUGGAACAAAAUCAUAAUUGGAACAGAUUAAGACAUUAAAGAUAAAAAUUCCUAUAACAUGUCAAUAUUUUUUUGGCUAUGUAUUUACAUUAUCUUAUAUUAAUAUGCUGCUUUUUAUUAUUUUACCUGCCAAUCUUAUGUUGAACUAUUUAAUUAUCCAACUUUUUCAUAGUAUAUAACAGGAGUAUUUAUCACAUUUACCAGCUAGUCAUUAAAAAAAGCUUUAAAAGAAGAAGUACUAACAAGUUUUAAAAUCAUGUAUCAGUAUUAUAUGCAUUGCUGUGUCAAAAUAAACGAGAAACAAAGA